UAAAAUAGCUCGGGGGGAAUCCAGCUCACUCAGCCGGAGACUACAGCACAGAUUCAGCUCAGGAAGACCGACGGGGACAAGACAAGACCUCAGGGACCGAGAUGUUCCCCAAAAAGGAGGAGAAGCGGUCGUUUGGAAACGGGGCUCUGCGGGACAAGUGGGAGCAGCGAGCUCAGGUGGAGGCGGAUCAGUGCAAGCAGCAGGCGCAGUUCAAGGAGAAGAGCUCCGUCAAACUUCUCUUCUCCAAAUGGAACUACCACUGGUCCGUCCAGGCGAAGGGCGGCAACGACAUCUCCGACUUCCGGAAGCUGGCGAGCAAAGAGGCCGAUGAUCCGGUUCCGAGGGUCCGUUUCAAGGUGGUGCCGCCGCCCCCCCGCCCCCGACCCGAGCCCGCGACUCCGCCGCCCCGGAGGGAGGCGUCGGACCCCCAACCCCGCCGGCCCCGGCGGACCGUGGAGGUGGACGUGUUCCGGCUCUGCUGGCGCGAGUCCUGGAAGUGUCUCAAGCCCCCCAAGUACUUGUACCUCAAAGAACCCGAAGAGCCGCGCCGCCGCAGCGCCGAGGCCAAGGCGCCGCCGGGGUUCGACACCGCCCUGCAGGUGACGCGCGACGAAAAGUACAAAGUAAAGUACUGCGGAGUGGAACCGGCACAUCUGGUUUAUCAAUGGAAUCAGUCCUGGAAGCAGGUGAAGAGUCCAGCUCAGCUGCUCAUUGGUUCCCAGGAGACCCAGUUCCAGUGGGAACUUCUCUUCCUCCCGGAACCGUCCGGCCAGGAGAAGGUCCAGCAGGAAUACGCUCUCCCUCGCUGGGCGGGAACCUGGAAGUGGAUGAACUUCCCGUUCCGGCAGCAGAAGCAGCAGUGGGACCGGGGCUGGCCCGAGGUUUACCGGCCGCAGAGCCGGGCCGACCACCGGGGCUGGCCCGAGGUUUACCGGCGGCAGAGCCGGGUGGUGUCGUCCCUCCGUAGGGAGACGGAGAACUCCGCCCCCCCCGGAGGCCCCGCCCACCUCAGACGAUGA